AUGGCCGCUACCAAUGAGACAGAUGAUCAAAACCAAUUGAUUGCUGUCGGAGCGCGUAUAUCACAAGGACCAUGGCGUGGAACGGUUAGAUACGUUGGACUUGUUCCGCCUACAGAAGGCAUUUGGCUAGGAAUCGAAUGGGAUGAUGCCUCUAGAGGAAAACAUGAUGGCUCGCAUAAAGGAGUACGGUAUUUUAACUGUCGUCAUAACACAAACGCUGGCUCUUUCAUUCGACCUUCUUCGUCCAAGUUGAGCUUUGGUUCUUCGUUCUUACAAGCGAUCCGAUAUAAAUAUGUUACGGAGCCCGAAGUCGAGAAUGCAAGCAAUACCGCCAUUAGUGCUCAACAAUACUCCCGUAAGAACCUUGCCGAGAUUGAGAUCGAGGCACCAAACAUGGAGGGCGUUCGAAGGCGCAAUGCACAGUUACACAGGCUGAGAGAGGUGGGACUUGGUGGCUGGAAGAUGGAAAGAGGUGAUGAUGCAAGUAGUAAAGGCGACAACACUGCUUCGAGCUCGGAAAGCUUUGCAGAAGUUGCCAGAGCUUUUGAUGAGGCACAUGGUGAAAAAGAAGGUGAUAUCGCAAGAACAUGUCCCAAUCUUCGGUGGCUGGAUCUUUCAAGAUCUCUUCUACCUUCUUGGCAGGAAUUGUCAAACAUUACUAAAGAUCUUCAGCAUCUCGAGACCCUUCUUUUGCAUUUCAACCGAUUUGAGCCUAUCUCACAAUCUGAGGUCCACAUACAACCACAAGCUUUUACGAACCUCAAAGAUUUACGGGCAGAUGGGACACUCAUCUCAUGGCAAGAGAUGUGUCAGAUUGGACUGCACAUGCCCUCACUUGAAAGCAUACAAGCUGGAGAGAAUGGCUUGAAUAUGUUUGAAUGCGAUUUGGCCGAUCAGAAAAGCCCUUUUCCGCAAUUGAGGCAAAUCAAUUUGGCAAACAAUCAAAUCUCGAACUGGCCUGCACUUCUGGCUGCCUUGGAAAUUUGUCCAAAGAUGGAACGUAUCAUCUUGUCGGAUAACGAGAUCACCUCCAUACCGCCUGUCCCUCACUUGACAAAUGAAGCAAAAGCGAGGAAGCUGCUGCACAUCAGCCUGAACAACAAUGCUCUGCAGUCCUGGACAGACUUGGAAAAUUUAGAUGCUUGGUGUUUAGGACUACAAAGUCUUUCAAUCACUGCCGAACAUUGUCCCUUUUUGGCAUCACUUGAUCCAAGGGAUAUUCGACCGUUGGUUGUGGCACGAUUGCCGCAUCUACAGACGUUAAAUCACGCUGCGAUCUCACAAACGGAAAGAAGAGAUGCCGAACUAUACUACUUAUCAAGAAUGAGCAAGGAGACCGCUGGUAUGUCUUCAAUACAACGCGAUCAACUUCAUCCUCGUUUGCGGGCUUUGGAGGAGAAAUAUGGCAAGCAAGAGGAAGCCAAAAGCGAAUCAAACACCAAGGAAAGCAGUCAGAAGUCGACUUUGCGUAGCAAGCUCUUAACGAUCAAAAUCCACAAAUCCACAUCUAUACCCACUUCCAAACCUCCUCACUUUACUUCAUCAGAGUCGACAGAGGGCACCGAAGUAAGCUUAUUGACGACGACACCUAUUCGAUUAUUGCAAGGCAAGAUUGCCCGUGCUUUAGGCAUAAAAGGUGGAGCACGAUCCAUUGAAUCGAUUUGGGCUUUGUUGAAUGAUACCAAACAACAAAUUCGCAAUCUAGACGAUGACAGGAUCAUCUACCCGUUAGAGAAUCUGGACUGGGACCUUUCGGCUUACAAUAUCACCAAAGACGAUCAAUUAAUCAUUGUAGUCAAUGAAAACUAAUCUCAAUUGUAAAUUAUAGCAUUGUAAUCAUAGAAAUACAGAAAGAUUGAUCAUAAUUAAGAUACAGGGGAGGAGGAUGGUAAAUGUUGGGCAUGAUCGUUUGCCCGUUCUUGACAUUCUUUAUGUCCAUUCAAUUGAUCUUCGCUCAAAUCCAACGUCCAACCUUUGGCAAGCAUGAAGGACCAUAAACGUGAAAGCAUGGGUGCGUUCGAUAAAGUAUCUUGAUUACCCAAAAUGAUCAAUUUCUUCCUUGCACGUGUUAAGGAGACGUUGAUUCUACGAACGUCAUGUAAUAAUUGUCCGACGGAUGUAGGUUUUGCUAUUGAAUCACUUUCGAUUGCUUGACUACGUACCAAGCUGACAAUCACGAUAUCUUUAUCACGACCUUGUGCUUUGUCGGCCGUCCAAACUUCUACUUUGUUUAAUGUUUGAGCGUUCGGAUCAUUUGUAGGUUGUUGUAGC